UUUAGUAGAGAAGGCGAUUUGGCGAUAGAAAAGGCGAUUUCGGGUACGACGGUUCUCAAAGUUUCCACGGCAGGAUCUCGAUCUCCGAUGGGGGAUCCGGAUCAUCUACUGCCUCUGACGGAGGGGAUUCAUGGUUCGACGGUGAUAGAAGUUCUAAAAACAUCGAUGGUUGGUGAAGGGGGAUCUUCGGAUUCUGGAUCUGGUUUGAAGAAACAACAAUUGGAGACCUCGACGGAAGCGUUGGAAGAUAAUCAGUCUAAUCUGAUCAAGUCUGAUCUGAAAACGGGAGAGUGGGUUAACGCAGUUCAAGGGAAGAAAAAGUUGACGAAAUAUGAGAUGGAUAUUCAAAUCGAAGAUGGUGUUGGAUCUGUGAGUGUCCCUGAUGAAGUUUUCAAGGAUGCUGCUCCUUUGUGGGAAGAUUUUCUCAUUGGCCGUUUUCUGGAUAAAGCGCCACAUAUUGGGAAGGUACACGCGAUUGUUAACAAGAUUUGGGCGUUGAGUGAUAAAUCACAGAUGAUUGAUGUAUAUGUGAUUAACUCAACAACAAUGAAGUUCAGAGUUACAAAUGCAGCAACGAGAAACAGGAUUGUACGUAGGGCGAUGUGGAAUAUAGCAGAGAUACCAGUUGUGAUGGCGAAAUGGUCCCCUUUGACUGAAGACAUUGAGCAAGAAACACACUCGAUACCACUGUGGGUGCAUCUCAAAAAUGUGCCAAUGGAUAUGUUUUCUUGGAAGGGAUUAAGCUUCAUAACAAGUUCAGUUGGGGUGCCAGAGAGACUACAUCCAGAAACUGAGCAGUGUGUGAAUCUGAAGAUUGCAAAGGUUUUUGUGAAGGCUGAUUUGUCAAAGGAGUUACCAAAAACAAUGAAUUUCACCUCUCAAGGGAAGAAAACACUAGUGGAGUACACUUACCCAUGGCUUCCGCCAAAGUGUACUCAUUGUGGCAAAUGGGGGCAUCUGGUGCAUGCUUGUAGAAGGAGAAACGAAGAGAAGGAAGUAGUAUUGGAGACUAAGAGUGGAGAAGUAGUUCGAAGUGUAGAAGAGGGAGGUUCUAAGGAAAAAAUUAAAGAAGUGGAGACUGGGUCAGUAGAUACAACAGAGAAUAAGAAGGAAGAUAUUAUGGAUAUUCUAGAGAAAUCGGUGGGGAGUAAUAAGAGUGCUAAGAAUACAAUAAAAGAAGCAGGAGAGGAAAUCUGGAGGGAAGUUUCACCGGGGAAGGUCAGUCGUACACCUCAGACAAAUAAGAAGUUUGAAUCUGGUCAAGUUUCAAUUCUGUCUAACUCAAGAUUCUCAGUCUUGAGCCAAGAUGAGGAAGAAGGGGAAAUUAUGAAAAAUAAAGAAGAAGUGGUAGAAGUUAAUAAAGAGGAAAAAAGAGGAAAUGAAUUGGAAAAGGAGGAUGAUAAUGAAGAUUUGGAGAAGGAGACAACAAUUGUUUCUUUCAGAUGUGACUGUUCAGAGAGCAAGGGACGAUGGCCCGAGUGA